AUGGAGGGGUUGAAGAAGGAGCAGGUAGAGGAUGUUGGAGGAGCUCAAGUGUUGGCACCUGGCAAGUCUGCUGGGGCUGAAAUUGAUUACAAGUACGCCCUCAUCGGCACCGGGCUAGGCGUCGCCAUCUCUGCUGGCUUCCUGGCCCUGAAGAUCUGCAUGAUCCGGAAGAACUUGUUCGAUGACUCUUCUUCAGAGCUGAGAAACAUACAGCAGGUCUCCAAUGACACCAUCCCGCUAAAGAAGAGAGACCAAAGGUAAGGUUGCUGCCGAUGUG